AACAGAUAGGUGACCCACAACAUGUCGUCAACUGGAAGGUGAGCAUAUUGCUGACUCAUUGCUUAGUAUACUGCUGCUUUGAAUACAUCUUUUAAAUAUAGUUAAGGCUAUGAACAUGUUUUCCCAAUAUGUCUGCGCUUUCUAUUACCUUCUCUUUAGCUAAUUGUUCAGGUAACAUAUGGUUAUGCAUGUAGAUGACUCAAAAGUUGUUCCUCGGAGUAGACACAUAAAUUGUAUUCAGCUUGAGAGUUGAGUUCUGAUGAUUUGGACGUUUAUAUUUGAUGAGUUGGAUGGGAUAAUUAGAAGAUGUUUGUAGGCUAUUAGAUGAGUUCGGAAACUCUAUUUUUGUAUUGUUGCAAGGAGAUUUGAUGUGUUGGAUACGUUAAGUUAUUAAACAAUAAAAAAAAAUAUUUAUGCAUGAAUAAUUUGAUUGUUGGAGGAUUAAAUAAGAAUAAUUUAAGAUAGUAUGCAGUGGUGAAAGAAGAGAUUCUUGCAGAUUAAGGAAAAGAAUUGCUAGAAAACUAUUAGUAGAGGUUUAAAUUAUUUUGUUUAUCUUUCAUGCAGCUACAGUGAAGAGUUUUAUACAAAUAAAAAUAAAAAAAAGGAGAAAAAAAGAAUCAGGACAUUGUCAUAAAUGAGGAACAAAAUGAAGAUGAAGAAGGAAACUUAAUUUGCUUCUGACACGUUUAUAAAUCUGAAGUUGCUAUGUACUCAGAGAGGAACCAUUGUCCAAAUAUUUUCUUGUGGUCCUCGAAAAGAACUGUUGACCCAAAAGAACUAAUGAAAGUGUCAAUUAUCCUCAAGAAUAGGCAAAAAGGGAAGUGCCAAGUCGACUACACAGAAGAAGUUGGAACUGAGCUGUUAAGGAUGAGGAUGAGUCGGAUCCUUGCAAGUCAUCGUCACCAAUCCUCGAGCCUUGGAGACGGGAAGGACGCCUCUUCUGGUCUCCAAGGGACGUGUAAGUAACAGCCGUGACCCCUUCUAUCAUGUCCUUUGACUUGGGACCCGUCUUCAUUCCCCGCCUCUUCCAUCAUGGUUGAUGGAGUAAGUCCCGAAAAAUAAAGUUAUAUGAUUCUUCAUUAUCCAACAAUGGCUUAUUUCUUUUCCAUACUUGCUUGAUAUAAUUGACAUCCGGAAGAUGUUUUUAAUGGCUCUGAUGGGGAUGAAUCGUAAGGUGCUGUUGGGGCAUAUUUGUCAUUUGGCUUUUUCUUCCGAUCCAUUUCGUGUCCUCUUCCCCACACUAUAUAUAUCGAGGGAUCGGUGGGUUGUUGAAGCACAAAACAUCCGUCGUUGGCUCGGAAACAUGACCGAAGAAGAGAAGAAACGCGGCGAGGCGGAGAUCCAGCGGUGGCUUGAGGUCGGGAGUGUCGAGAUCCCGCCGGCCGAUGUCCGGAUCGUGACGUCCGGCGGGCGGCGAAUACCUGUUCACUCCACCGUUCUGGCUUCUGCGUCGCCUGUGCUGGAGAGCAUACUGGGUGGACCGCAUAAGGGCAGGAGUCGAGGAAGGGAGAUCCCCAUUCUUGGCGUCCCAUGCGACGCUGUCCAAGCCUUCGUUCACUCACUCUACUUUGCCAGGCGGCCGUACGACAGGUGCGUGUCAGCCACAGAGGAGGAGAUGAUCGGGGAGCACGGAAUGCACCUGUUGGCGCUGUCGCACGCGUACCGCGUCGGGUGGUUGAAGCGCGCUGCCGAGCGGGCGCUCUCGUUGCGGCUGACCGCCGAGGGCGUGGUGGACGUGCUGGUGCUGUCGCAGCGGUGCGACGCGCCGCGCCUCCACCUGCGGUGCAUGCAGCUGCUGUCGAAGGACUUCGCCGCGGUAGAGCAGACCGAGGCCUGGCGGUUCCUCCAGGACCACGACCCCUGGCUCGAGCUCCACAUCCUCCAGUUCCUCCACCACGCCCACCUGCGGCGGCGGCGGCAGGCGAGGAGGAAGGCGGAGCAGAGGCUGUACGCGGAGCUGCACGAGGCCAUGGACUGCUUGCGCCACAUCUGCGCCGACGGGUGCGGGGAGGUGGGGCCCUCAGGCCGGCUCCUCCCAGCCGACGCCCGUCCCCCCUGCCCCAACGCCGUCAGUUGCCGCGGCCUCCGGCAGCUCAUCCGCCACUUCGCGGCGUGCGACCGGCAGAAGCGGCAGCAGCACGGGUGCCGACGCUGCAAGCGCCUGUGGCAGCUGCUCCGCCUCCACGCCUCCAUCUGCGACGAGGUCGACGACGCCUCCUGCAAGGUUCCCCUCUGCAUACAAUUCAAGCGGAGGAUGCAGGAGAAGGAAGGGGAAUUGGAGGAGGACGAGGACGAGAGAUGGAGGCUACUGGUGAAGAAGGUGGCCUCCGCUAGAGUUACGUCGCACUUGGCCAAGAGGCAGAGUCAAAUAUUAGUUUAAUGAUAUAUUUUGUCGGCUAAAUUACAUUAAUGGUCUGAUCGAGUUCUGAAUUUAAAUUUCUGUUAAUUAUUGCCUUCCACAUCGUGUUGUAAAUUUCUGUCCUAAUCUAGUAAUGCAAUAAGAGAUUUGGUCUGUCGAUCUUAGCAGAUA